AUGUCGGCCCGCAGCUCCCCCCUGAGCGACGUUCCCGCUGACAUGGAUGCCGACGACAAGACGGGUGUCAUCAAGAACGAAGCUUCUCUCGAUGCCGAGGUCAAACUUGAAGAAGUCGAUGGCCAGAAAACUCCCGAAAGCAAUCCUUUCGAAACGCCGGUUCCUGCCACGCCCAAGACUCCCAAGCGUUCUGCCCCCGAGACUGCCGGAGACGAGUCACCGGUGAAGAAGACGAAGGGAAGGGCGUCUCCCAAGGGCAACACGCCUGCCCGUCAGCGCAAGGCUCCGACCAAGACUCCGAACUCCGGACGCGCCAUCGCCACCAGCAAGGACGAGCUCUCGGCCGAAGACCGCCUCCUGCUCAGCAUGAAGGACCAGGGCAAGUCGUGGAAGGAGAUUGGCGAAGCGUGGGCGGCCGUCACGGGCACGGCGCCGGCCAAGUCGACGCUGCCCAACCGCUACGCCCGCCUCCGCGCCAACAUCACGACGAUGAGCGAGGCGGACCAGCAGAAUUUGAUCGAGGCCAAGGCGUAUGUCGAGCAGAAGCAGGAGCAGGAGAAGUGGGAGCAGAUCGCCCAGCGCAUGCAGGAGCUCGGCAGCGCGGAGAAGUUCUCGAUCACCGUGCUGCAGAAGCAGCUCCAGAAGAUGGAGGUUGCUAAGGCGCAGACUCCCGUCAACCCCUUCGAGGAUGUCGCUGAGUGA